UUAAUUGCGCAAUUGGCUGCCAGUAAUAGGCAGUUGGAAGAGAUCCGAAAAAGGCGGCUACUGAGAUCGAAAAAAAUUAUGGCAGCAAUACGCAUGUGAAAUUCUUUAUUAUAUUUUAUAAUAAGGAAUAACCGCCAAAGCGUCUGUGGACACACGCAAGACACGGCAAGUUCUGGGAGCUGGACAUUCCUGCCAGCAGCGACCAAUUCUUUAAGGAGUGCUUAAGAAUGAGCCUCGAAUCCUUCGCCUUUUUAUGCAACGAAGUGACGUCUAUUGCAAAAAGCGAUACAACUUUUAGGCAAUGCAUCCCUUUAAACAAGCGCGUAGCGAUUGCUUUAUAUGCGCUUGGUUCCUCAUCUGAAUACAGGACGAUCGGCCGGCUGUUUGGAGUAUCAAAAGGAAGCGUAUGUAAUAUUUUAAUAGACUUUUGUUCUGCGGUCUGGGACAAGUUCGCUCCUAAGUAUUUACCCAGCACAUUCCUUACGCAAAAAAAAAUUUAAGAGUGUGUUAAGGGAUUUGAGAAAAUUGGAUUUCCUCAAUGUCUCGGAGCUGUCGGUAACUUGUACAUAUAAUGCAACUAGUGAUCAAAAAUUAAAAAUUUGUUUAAUUAACUUCAGAUGGAUGCCACAUUAAAAUUAGACCCUCAGCCGCUGAUGCUGUAGACUAUCAUAAUUAUAAGGGUUCGUACUUAAUGGUUUUACUAGCCCUUGUUGACUGCAGGUAUAGGUUUAUGUACAUAAAUGUCGGAGCACCCGGCCGCUGCAACGAUUCUAAAAUUUUCGAAAAAUCAUCAUUAAAACGAGCAUUUCGCUUUACGAAAUUUCUAAUGAAGCCUUAUCCUUACAACGCAACAGCCGAAAACAGCGAAAAGGUGUUUAAUUAUCAACUUUCCAAAUCUAGAAGAGAAGUAGAGAAUGCUUUGGGCCACUUGAAAGCAAGGUUUAGAAGAAUUGGUAAAGGCAUUGAUAAUGACAUCAAAAAUGCAACGUCAAUAAUAAAAUGUUGCUGUGUCCUCCACAAUUUUGUUAAUGAACGUAAUGAUAGCAUUAACAACAAUUGGAUCCAAGUCCAAACCAGUUUUGAAAUCGAACAUCUACGACAGCAACCAGAACCGCCCUACAAUACUCAAAACCACAAUCCCAGCGCGGAAAACAUAAGAGAAUCAAUCGCUUCAUAUCUAUGUACCUUUUAAAUUUCAUUUAUUUCAUACUUUUUUUAAAUUCCUUUCUUUUAUUAUUAAAUUCAUUAAAUCUGUCCUAACAAAUGCCUAGUAACCUUUGG